AUGCAAGAGCGGGCAGAGGUAAGAAGGAGCUUCGUAUUCGACAAAACUAUCCUCCUCGCUGAGAAGACUCAGAUUCUGAAAGGCUGGGGUGAACACCUCCAAAGCAUAUUCAACCACCUAUCCAACAUUUCUGAUACUGCCAGUAGCUGUCUGUUUCAGGUUGAAGUCAACGAUGACUCGACCUCUCACCCAGACCAUCAGGAAACCAUCAAGUCUAUGCAGCAAUUCUCUAGAGAGAAAGCAACCGGAUCUGAUGCGAUCGCUGCGGAGAUCUACAAAUACUUUAGAUGA